AAAUGACAAAAUAAAUAAAUAUUUUUAUCGAUAUCGAUACGCGCGAGUGUCUCGUAACUAAGAAGCAACAGGGUGCUGGACGCCUGCGCGUUUCCUCCCCAGUGAGGAAUAAAUGGGCCGGCUGGCUUGUUUGGGCCUCAGAUUCAAGUCUGGAGCCAGCGAGUUGGGACGGAAACCAACCGGGCUCCCGCGGUCCUCGGUCGUAGAAAAUGUGCUUCCCACCUGCAUAAUUUUUCUGGGACUUAGAAUUUUUUGUGAAGUGACUCCGUUUACCUGUGAUGAAGACUAAGUGAUUAUGAAGCUGGUGCCCACUGGUCAUGAAUGAGAGGCUGUUUUAAAGGCACGAUGUUGAGAUUGGCGCCACUGGUGAUACGGUUGACAGCCGUGUCACUAGUGGCGCUUGUCAUUGCCGAGCCCGGCAACGGCGGCGACCAGUCCGUCGCGAGGGCCGGCCAAGGCACCCCCGCCUCGCUCCCCGCCACCGCGCAGCCACCCCCGCGCCGCUCGGGCAAGCGAGAGCGCAACCGCAAGCGCACCACGACUACGACAACAACCACAGUCGACCCCAAUGAUGAUGAUGAAGACGAUAUUACCACGUCCGUCACCACUACAACAAUUGAUCCGCGAGCACUAGACCACAGUAAGUACUUAGCUUGUAUCUCGCGAGUGAGAGUGUGUCUAGUAAGUAAAUUCAUUGUAGGCAAGGUGAGGCGUGCCACGACGGCCCGGCCGGCCGCCGUGCCGCCGCGGCGCCGGCCCGGGAAGCACAAGAGGCGGCGCCGCAGGACCACCACCACUACCACGCCCGAGCCCGAUGACGAAGACCACGGCCCCACCACGACACUCACCACCACCACAGUAGACCCGCGAAGCUUUGACCACAACCUAACUAAAAUAUGUUCGUCAAAAUUAAAUGUCCUUGUCAUCUUCGUGGCGUUAAAUGAGUUCAUAAAUAAAAAGGCAUUUACUAAACAUAACAUUUUUCUUUCAGCCGAAGUGGGAAGCUGUGAAGUACCACUUGGUAUGGAAAAUGGGAUGAUUUCUAACGAAUCCUUGUCGGCCAGCUCCAGCUACGACCAGAGCGUAUCGCCUCUCAGCUCACGCAUACGUACCGAGAUAAAAGGUGGAGCUUGGUGCCCUAAUGGACUGAUAUCACCUCGGAGCCGGCAGUUCCUGGAGAUAGACCUCCGAGAUGAGUACCUCAUCACGGGGACCGAGUCUCAGGGCAGGUUCGCUAACUCCGUAGGAGUGGAAUUUGUCGAAAGCUACUCGGUAGAGUACUGGCGAGUUGCUCUUAACCGCUGGGUCAAAUACAAAGAUUUUAACGGCAGCAGGCUUAUUCCCGGCAAUGUUAAUACGUACACACCAAAGAAAAGUAUGUUGGAGGCACCAUUUAUAGCAUCGAAAGUACGCUUUUUCCCAUAUGCAGCUCAUCCUCGCACGGCUUGCAUGAGAGUGGAGCUCUACGGUUGUCGUUGGAAACAGGAUAUAGUUGCGUACUCGGCGCCCAAAGGCGGAGACAUGCAGGCCAUGACCGGCGGCGCGCGCUUCGAGGACCUCGCCUACGACGGGACACCUCGAGAGGGACGCUUAAUUAAUGGCCUCGGUCAGAUGACGGACUCCUUGGUAGGACCCAACGAUUUUGAACUGCCGGAUCAGUUAGACACAAGAGGAUCCCGUUGGGUUGGUUGGAAUAAGUCAAUGUUGGUGGACGAAGAAGUGACCCUCACGUUCAACUUCAGCGAGCCGCGGUUGUUCUACCACGUGGACCUGCACACCAACAAUAUGUUCACCAAAGAUGUCCAGUUGUUCAAAGAGGCCGAAGUGUACUUCUCACUAGAAGGGGAACGCUGGCAAGAGGACUACGUGUCACACGAGCCGAAACAAGACAGAGUUUCUGAACACGCCCGCGUCGUGCACAUAGACAUGCAGAACCGCACCGCGAAGCACAUCAUGAUCAAACUUCGCUUCCAACACGAGUGGAUUCUUAUCAGCGAGGUCUCAUUCAAGUCCAUUCCUACUUGGGUGAACACGUCAGCAGAAUUUCUGGAGGAAUACUAUAGAACUGAUACUCCGCCGUCAUCGAGAAAGAAAAGAAACUCGUCUUUACGUGUUUCUGUGGGACUAGCUUGUGGUGCUCUCGUGGGCGGUGGAGCCUUCAUAGCUGCCACUGUCGUCCUUCUAACUAAGAAGACCAGGCGCAGAAUACCGAACAUGCUGAAAAAACCGUUCUGUCCAUCCCUGAGACACAGUUCCAGUUCAAGAAACAAUCGUAGAGCACCAAGACUCGCUCUAGCUCUCGCUAACUGUCCCCCGAUACACAUGCUAAGGCCGGCGGUCGUCGACGAGGAUUACAGGGAGCCCUACAACAUUUGGAGGGAGACUCUGGGACGCCGUGACAAACGCGAGACUCACGAUCAGCAUGAAUACAACGAAAUCUGUGAAGACACGGAGUUCCCGAGGCCCUACAUGAUGAAACGACCCGAUCCGCACGAAAGUUUUUAUGCCGCCACCGAUAUUAUACAUCAUACGUACCCGGACGAACGCGCAUGCCGCCGCGAAAGAACAACCCCUGGUCUGUUCACAUCCAUCAAACUACCUGAAGCCGAGCCCCCAAACGGAGUGGCGCCCCUGCUGGAUUUCCCGCGGGGGCGCAUGCGACCUGUCACCUUCCUCGGCGAGGGCCCUCACGGCAGUCUCCAGAUAUGCGAGACAGACGGCAUCGAAGAGUUGAGCGACGAAGAGUCCCCGACUGGCAACCGGCGCCGCCUCGUUGUUGUCAAGACUUUGUGGCGCGGCUGCCAUAACGAAGUGAAAGCGGCAUUUGCCCGCGAAGCUACCUGGGGCGCGGGUUUGAAGCACCCUCAACUAGCCAGAGUGCUAGGUUUGAGCCUGCUAGAACCUCCUUGCGCAGCCCUAGAUCGCGGCGAUGCCGCCCAUCUCCCUACGAUCCUCCGCCAGGAGCGGAAAUUGAAUUAUUCGAGUUUGAUUCACAUAUGCUGUCAGAUAGCAGCCGGCAUGAAAUAUCUGGAAUCAUUCGAAUUAGUACACCGGGAUCUCGCAGCGAGGAACGUAACAGUGACUGAGGAUCUUCACGUUAAGGUCGCCGAUUAUGCAAUGUUUUGCGAAGAGUUUGUCACUGACUACCACGUUAUGGCUGAUGGUUCCCGACUGCCGCUGCGCUGGAUGGCUUGGGAGAGCCUGCUGAUGGGCAUGUAUGCACCGGCAAGUGAUGUAUGGUCAUUCGGAGUGACAGUUUGGGAAGUACUGACCUACUGCAUGGCUAAGCCAUUCGAAGAAAUGAAUGAUGAUCAGGUCGUAGCCAACGCAGGCGAGUGGCGCAGCGGAGGGCGCGGUGCCCGCGUGCCGGCCGCGCCGCCGCCGCGCUGCCGCCGCGAGCUGUACGACCUCAUGCACGAGUGCUGGCGCCGCGAGCCCAUGCAGCGCCCGCGCUUCCACGACCUGCACCGCUUCCUCGAGCGCAUGACCCACGGCUACAAGCCGCCCAUGAACCGCUAAACACGACGCAGACGCACCCUCGCGCGUCGGCUAAAGGUUCGUCUACCCUGAACCUGUCGACACGAGCUUUUAAUAUUCCAUAGAUAUACAAGUACUUAGUCUUAAGACCCACCUAGCAUAUCUAACUGAUUCAUCCUGUCUCUCUAUUGAUCCGAUUCCGGAAUAUUCGGGCAGACUGCAUAUACGAUACAUUAACUCAAGCAGUAUUAAUGUCAGUAUUAAAAUUAGGAACUUAAAUUAGAAGUAAGUAAACGUCCUAGAUGACGUACCGCUUUGUAACUGUCGUAUACUGUAACGGGGACAAUUGUAGGAGCCUCGUUGCAUGUACUCGAUUUAGCUAAGCCCAAUAAGGGACUUCAUAUUUAUAAUCUCCAAAAUAACGAUAAGACCGAUGUUUUAAAUCGGAUAUCGAUGUUUUAUACCUAGAAAUAGAUUUCUGAUUUGCUCUUUCGGUAGGUAGGAACGAAUGCAUAUGUAUAUAAUGUUGCAUUUAGGUAAAUAGUCCAAAUUAAUAAAUGCUCUCGCGAUUCAGAAAUUUAUUUGUAGUCAGGGUUCCGCGGGUUGCUACCAAUAUUAUGCUUGCAAUCAUUGUAGUCACUUCACAUAUAUCGUAGCCGUAUAAUGUUGGUAGAGCCCGCCGCCGCGUAACAUUUCACGCUAUCCCCAGCGCCCUUCGCCUAGCGCUCCCAUGAUCUUCCACUAUCACCGCCUUUAUGGCAAAUCCCUAUCUUAUGACCGCUGCUUCAAUAUGUGACAGACACUUUAUAAUAACGAACACUGUGAUUUACCAUAUUACCAUCGCUUGUCAGUUGAAACGUUGGGACGCGCGGAACGUUUCCACUUCGCAUAUUGAAGCAGGAGCCUUCUAGAGCAGGGGUUGACUGUGCACUGAAAUCAUGUCUCUACAUAAUGAUGAACCUAGAGUAAACCAGUGCCGGUCUACAUAACCCCACCGACACCCACCUUUGUUUAACCAUUAUGUUCAUGAUCCGACACACAGCGCACAGCCGCCCUCUGGUCUAUAGUAUAUCCAAAAUCUAACUCCUAUUUUUUUAACCUGUUUUAAAUGUUAAGGUUGUAUACUUCGGGAGGUGAGUAAGACCUCCAGGGCGAUAUUGGCCCCCUGUGCUUCUUGUUUUCUUCGAUAAGGCACAUAAAAGGUUGAGGUUACACCGCCUCCGUAAAUAUCGAUGAAACAAAGCGAAUUUUAUGAGAGAGAUAUUUUAGUAACGUGAAAACGGUUGAAUUCGACCGAUGUGCUGGGCCAAUUGAGAGGUGAUUUUUCUAUUUGCUUUUAAGUCAAUAUUUUCGGAUGCGGCAUGUUAUCCACAGUCACAUGGUUGACUCAAGCCGAAUUACUCGUGUAACUGACUCUAGUCUUUGACCUAGCCUUGUGGCCACAUUAUAUAAUAGCUAUUAAGGAUUCAUAUACAAUUGAUGUUUUAAGCCACAGCGUAUGUUGCAAUAGUUAUGUAUCUACGUGUAUGUAAGAACUAGUAAUUCUUAACACUUCACCCCCAAGUUCACUGAAGACAGCACCUCACUUCACGUUAAUAUCAAUAAUAUAAAUGUAAUCAAGUACAUGCCCUAAGCACUAUACACUAUAAUAAGUAGGUAUCGUAACACAUUAGGCUUAAAUGGUUUUUACAACUUAAUCAACAUCAAUCCAGCCCCCGAAGACAGUCACGUUGGAGAUCAUCAAUGGUUAGGUAUAUCGCAUAGGAUGUGUAAUAAUGACCUUGUUUCUCUGUCAGAAGAACUCCCAAAACCCAGCAAGGGGAGAAAUGGGAUCGAUUCACGUUAAUAUCCCAUGCUCAUAUGUAUUUAGCAUCUACAUUAAUACAAACGACCCCGGCUGUCAUGCGAAGACCUUUGACAGUCGAUAACUUUAUAACAGACCUAAAUGUCAGACUGCGACGAGAUUCACUAUAACCUAAUGUUAAGAUUUUGGAGGUUAAAGAACCGAAAGCUUCACUAAAAUACAGUUCAGCUAAAUCCAUGAGACAGAAAGCCGAAGAGUUUAAAAAACCAAAGCAACUCGUAUCAAAUAUUAUUCUGAAAAAAAUAUCAAGAUAUUCCAAACAGUUUUUACGCGGGUUCCUUUAAAAACGAAAGGUGAACCGUUAAAUGUAGAUGCAAUUGCAAUUGCUAUUGAUCGUUCAUAUUUCAUCUUUGAACAGGCUAUAUUGAACAACAACUUAUAUUCACAGGGAAAUACUUCAUCCUAGCUGAUCUCAAUUGACGAACCAACAACUAUAAGUCAAUCCUAAACCAUUGAUCGAGUGACUCUGUCGAACCCCUAUAACACCUUAUAGCGCAGUGUAUAACACCAACACACGCAAGUCAAGGGUGUCCGUCUGACACCCGGUAAACACAUAAACAUCAAGUGUAAUUAAAAGGAUACUUUAGACCUAAUGGGUUUACGUACUUCGUUAAAAGGGGGUGCUUGCUGUUCCUUCAAUUAACAGUUAAGGUAUUUAUAAAUGUGUCUCCUCUAUGUACCUUUGAGCUAGCGAGUGACUGACGAGGUGUCUACCAGAUUGAAUGGUUGCGAUCAGUGGCCAGUUCUUGUUAUGUUUGUAGAGUAGAAAAACUUAGUUUAGUGCGGGGCUAGUUUAUAAGUUAGCAUAGGCACGCCGCGCUUAAUGUAGUUAGUACAUUGAAGCGUAUUUCUUAUGAUUUCGUACCUUUGAUUUUUCCCCGACUUAAGUUUGUUACGUCCUUACGUUGUAGAGUAGAAGUAGAGUAGCGUCUUUAAAUCUUAAGUUAGACUUUUGCAAAUUAUGAUUUCGCUAUCACCCAUCCUCUCUAAAUUUUCAAUAUGCGUAUGAAUAAAUGUGUUGUUUGUUACUGGAUAAUACAAGGAUGUGUAAUAAGAACAAUGUGUAGGGAUUGGAGACUUUUUGUAGCCUUCAAACAUAAUGGAUUCGUAGGCUACAAAUGGACAAGUCAAUCGACAUUAUCGUUAAACACCAAGUAACAUACUAAAAGCUAGUUAACUUCUUUUUCACAGCGUCACAUUGAGCAAUACUCAGAAGUUUUCAGUAUCUGCCUUCGUUUUGUUGGUUGGUACUCUACCACAGCAGUCCGCUCGUCAAAUAACAAUUCCAUCCAAGACGAGAUCACAAAUGGACACUUCGAUCUCUGUGAUGCAAGAAAUUUCAAUAUAACAAAUAAUAAACAUCUUUGAUAACAAUUUGGUCCGAA